AUGGUGAGAUGCCGGAAGUUCAGCAUCUCACUCAUCGCUUUUUUCAUGUUGGUUGCCCUCAAGAUCUGCAUAGACUUGACUUAUACUCCUCCUCAUCUCCCUCAGACACCGUCUAUUUCUACAGAACCCUACAGAAGUCCAGUGGUUCAGCUGGGCCCUUUACAAGGUGAUGAAGAGCUGUCCAUGGCGACCCUUCAUAACCUAGCACAGAAACUGCGGAAAGCUGUAAUACGAUCAGAAGCUUUUUGGAAUACUGAGCAAUUGCAGCUGCUGGACUUAAAGGCACCAAUGGCAUGGACAUGCAGCAACUCUACAAGUGUAUCACAAGUGAAAGUGACGGAUCCCUAUCCAGAUCUCCUACAGAGCUUUCUAGCUCACAGUCGAUGCCGAAACCACAGAAUGAUUAUUAAUCAGCCAAAAAAAUGUUCACUCAACACUACUUUUCUUCUUUUGGCCAUCAAGUCUUCUCCACAGAAUUUUGCUCAACGGCAGGCAGUAAGGAACAGCUGGGGAGGAGAGAGAGAUUAUGGGGGAAAGAAUGUCAAAUUAGUGUUUCUCUUGGGUACAGUACAGGUGCCUGACCUCUCUCCUCUACUGGUGUAUGAAAAUAGUCGUUCCCAUGACCUUCUCCAGUGGGAUUUUGUGGACACUUUUUUCAACCUGACUUUGAAAGACCAGCUCUUCUUAGGAUGGGCAAAUAAACAUUGUGCUAAAGCUAAUUAUAUCCUUAAGGGGGAUGAUGAUGUGUUUGCUCGAAUUCCUAAUAUUGUGCAAAUCCUGUCACUAUUGGAUAACCAGCGGCAUCACUCUCUAUAUAUGGGACAUGUUGUAAAGGCAGCCAGACCUUACAGAGACACUCAUAGCAAGUACUACAUCCCUCCAUCUUUCUAUGCUGGAUUUUACCCACCCUAUGCUGGAGGAGGAGGAUAUGUUUUUUUCGGUAGAUUAAUUCCAUGGCUUUACCUGGUGUCACGUUUUGUUUCUCCUUUCCCAAUCGAUGACGUCUACACUGGAAUGUGUUUCAUGGCACUGGGGGUGCAUCCUGUUGGGCAUCCUGGAUUUAAGACAUUCAACAUACCAAAGGAGGAGAAGACCAGCUGUUCUGAAAAGCCGCUCCUCCUUGUACAUCGAAAGAGCCCCCAAGAGAUGCUAAAGAUGUGGGGUCAACAAUAUGAAAAGAUGCAGCAGUGUUAA